UUUUUGACGGUUUUCGGAUUUACGACAUUCAAAUCAAAACUCUCUUAAAAUGGAUACUCUGUGUUGAGGGGGCUUACCUCUGCUAUCUUACCUUCGCGAUUUGUUGUGUUUUUCACAUUUUUGAAUUUUUAAAAUGCUGGAGAAACGAAUUGCCGAUCUUUGUUUGGAUUCGAAAGAAGACGUUAGAGGGAAGACUGUUAAGGAGCCUUUUGAGAAACAGUAUCAGUAUGGUGCGCUUCUUGGGAGUGGUGGAUUCGGGUCCGUCUUCGCUGGACAGCGUAUCUCAGAUGGUCUACAGGUGGCAAUCAAACAAAUAUCUCGUGACAGAGUACAACAAUGGGCACGACUGCCUGAUGAGCCCAACCUUGUUCCCAUGGAAAUUGCCCUUCUCCUACGCUUGGGAGGUGGACCAGUGGCUGGACAUGGUCAUAAGGGAGUGAUCCGAAUGCUUGACUGGUUUGAAGUGCCAGGUCAGGGUUUUCUAAUUGUGUUUGAGAAACCCCAACCCUGUCAGGACCUUUUUGACUUCAUCACUGAACGUGGAGCGUUGGAAGAGCCUAUUGCUCAGAGGUUUCUGAGGCAGGUUGUCGAAGCCAUCCUGUUCUGUGAAUCGAGGGGUAUCGUUCAUCGAGACAUAAAGGAUGAGAACAUUCUGGUGGAUACCCGCACUGGAGACAUUAAGAUAAUCGACUUUGGAUCUGGUGCUUUGCUCAAAGACUCUACUUAUACAGACUUUGAAGGGACUAGAGUUUAUAGCCCUCCAGAGUGGAUUCUUCACCAGCGGUACCAUGCUCGCCCACUCACUGUGUGGUCUCUGGGUGUGCUGCUCUUUGACAUGGUCUGUGGGGACAUUCCCUUUGAAAGGGAUGCGGAUAUUGUCAGAGCCACUCCUAGUUUCACCAAACGUAUCUCUAACGAGUGCCAGUCUUUGAUUAGGUCAUGCCUCAGUUACAAACCAGAGGACAGGCCAAGUUUGGAGGAGAUAUUACAGCAUCCUUGGAUGGACAAUUCAGAGGACUUUGGAGAUUUGCAUGGAAAACACAUCACACCAAGCCUUUGAAUCCUGGACUAUUAAAACAUAUUUGGAGAACUUCACAUGCCGCUGUUUUUCCCACUGGAUUACUCAAGCUCUGUCUUCUGAAUUCAUCUGCACAUCUGUC